AUUUUGGACACCUUGGGAAUCGUCGACAAUUACCGAACAAGGCGUCAGUAUGGCAGAAACCACUUUUCGAGGAGAGUCACAAUGGUUGGCUCAAAUGGAAGCUAUGCGGCAGGCAAUUGUCGAGUUGAAAUUGCCGCCGUCAAACGAGGGGUUCCAAAUGUAUGGCGCAGAUAUAGACCUAGACGACGAAUUGAGUGACGAUGUCGAUGAUGAUAUCUGGGACGUGGAGGGUGAAGCCGUUGAGAGCCCUCCGAGCGAGACAAAUGAUGAUGAUAUUCAUGGCCUCAAGACUCCUGAUCCAUCCUCCAAGGGCCACUUCGACAGAUCUUGGUUGCACAGCAAAUGCACAACUUUCGCCCGUUCACGGCAUGGCAUGGAAGCCGAAGACUUUGAGCAGCAAAUAAUUGCUCUGCUUGCAUCCGACAGCUCGGAUGAAGAGCUACAGAUGUCACUUGCUGAGGUCAUUGGCUUUGACGAUUUGGAUUUCGUUAUCGAGCUCAUCUCCCACCGCAAGGACAUCCUAGCCCCGCCUAGAUCAACAACUCGUCAAACCGAUGGACUUUUCUCGCAAUUACAGACUCGACAAGAGCGAGAAGCGGCUCUUAGGCAGCAGGACUACGAACACAAGCAUGCUGCUCUUGCUCCGGCAUUCGAUCGAAGCACUCCCAAGUAUGCACAUGUUUAUAAGUCUGAUGCGGCUGCUUCUGGGAACAUGCUGGACGUGUCUGGAAAACGAUAUGGUCUUCCUGUUGGCAGUACAAGAAAUGAUUAUGCGAAAUAUGAGGAGUAUAGUGUGCCUGCGACAAAGGUUGGCUCACUGGGGGUGGGGCAGAAACUGGUCAAUAUCGCUGAUAUGGAUGGAUUAUGCCAACGCACCUUUAAAGGAUAUCAAUCGCUCAAUCGAAUGCAGAGUUUACUGUACCCGGUCGCGUACACCACAUCGGAGAAUAUGCUGAUCUGCGCACCCACAGGUGCCGGUAAAACUGAUGCUGCCAUGCUCACCAUUCUUCAAACAAUCUCAAAAAAUGUCCAGCCGAACCCCAUAGACGAACCCGACGCAACCGACUUUGUACUGAUGGCUGAUGACUUCAAAAUUGUCUAUGUUGCCCCAAUGAAGGCUCUUGCCGCCGAGGUCACGGAGAAGCUGGGCAAACGGCUUUCUUGGCUCGGAGUACAGGUGCGUGAAUUGACUGGCGACAUGCAGUUGACGAAACGAGAGAUUGCAGCCACUCAGAUCAUUGUGACAACGCCCGAAAAAUGGGACGUGGUCACACGAAAAAGCACUGGAGAUACCGAAUUAGUCCAAAAAGUUCGUCUUCUGAUCAUCGAUGAAGUUCACAUGCUUCAUGAUGAUCGUGGCGCUGUCAUUGAAUCGUUAGUCGCCCGAACGCAGAGGCAGGUCGAAAGUACCCAGUCACCCAUUCGGAUUGUUGGGUUGUCUGCCACUCUCCCGAAUUAUGUUGAUGUGGCAGACUUUCUCAAGGUCAAUCGUAACAAUGGUCUCUUCUAUUUCGACGGAUCGUUCCGACCAGUACCUCUUGAACAGCACUUCAUUGGGGUCAAGGGUAAAGUAGGCAGCAAAACUCAACGAGAGAACCUCGAUCAUGUCACCUUCGAGAAAAUCAAAGAGCUUUUGAAGCAGGACAAGCAAGUUAUGGUAUUUGUUCAUUCGAGGAAAGACACUGUGUUGGCUGCUCGGACACUCUACCAGAUGGCAAUGGAUGACGGUUGUGAUUCUCUUUUCAUGCCCGAGCCAGAUCACCCAGCUUACAUCAAAGCGUUAUCUGGCUUGAAAACGACUCGAGGUCGAGAGCUUCGUGACAUUGUUCCCAAAGGGUUCGGUUGUCACAAUGCCGGCAUGCCUCGCACUGAUCGAAAUUUUGUUGAAAGAGUCUUCUCUGAAGGUGCUAUCAAAGUCCUCUGCUGUACAGCAACUCUUGCAUGGGGUGUCAAUCUACCGGCUGCAGCCGUCAUCAUCAAGGGAACCCAGCUUUAUAGUGCUGAAGCUGGUAAGUUCGUCGACUUAGGAAUUCUAGAUGUCCUGCAGAUCUUUGGUCGUGCUGGUCGACCGCAAUUCCAAGACAGUGGUAUUGGUUACAUCUGCACAACCCAGGACAAAUUACAGUUCUAUCUGUCUGCUGUAACUCAACAAAAGCCCAUUGAGUCAAGAUUUUCGCAUCGAUUGGUUGAUAAUCUCAACGCCGAGAUCAGCUUGGGAACAGUGACGACCGUUGCCGAAGCUGUAACCUGGCUAGGUUAUUCAUAUUUAUUCGUUCGCAUGCGAAAGAACCCAGAGGCUUACGGCAUCGAUGUACAAGAAUACUUAGACGACCCUCAACUUGGUCAGCGGAGACGAAAAUUGAUCGUUGACGCCGCAAGGACCUUGCACAGAAGUCAGAUGAUCAUCUUCAAUGAACGAACAGAUGAACUUCGGUCCAAAGAUGUUGGACGCAUCGCCAGUCAGUACUAUGUACUACAGAACAGUAUUGAGAUCUUCAACACUAUGAUGAGACCACGAGCAAGCGACGCGGAUGUAUUAAAAAUCAUUAGUAUGUCUGGCGAAUUCGAUAACAUUCAGUCUCGAGAAAAUGAGGCGCAAGAAUUGCGUCGCCUCCGUCAAGAAGCUGUUGCAUGCCAAGUCGAAGAGGCGAAGGGAGCACCGAAGAACUCAGAAGAUGAGAAAGAACAGAAGGUCAUCGAGAAUCAUGCAAAGACAAACAUUCUGUUACAGUCACACAUCUCUCGAGCCAAGCUGGAAGAUUUUGCACUUGUCUCGGAUUUGGCGUAUGUGGCACAGAACUCCGCCAGAAUUUGUCGAGCGCUAUUCAUGAUUGCGCUGAAUCGAGGCUGGGGCUACCAAUGUCAGGUGUUGCUGUCAUUAUGCAAAGCGAUUGAGAAGCAAAUCUGGCCGUUCCAGCAUCCCUUCCAUCAAUUCGAUCUCCCUCUUCCUGUGCUCAAAAAUCUCGAUGACAAGGCACCUUCGUCAAACAUUGAAAGUCUUAGAGAGAUGGAGCCGGCCGAAAUUGGCAACCUUGUCCACAACCAGAAGAUGGGCAACACGAUAUCGAGAUUGCUCGACAACUUUCCGACAUUGUCAGUCAAGGCAGAAAUUGCUCCUCUCAACCGUGACGUGCUCAGGAUGCAACUGUUCCUGUAUCCCGAGUUCAACUGGAACGAUCGCCACCACGGCACCUCUGAAUCAUACUGGGUAUGGGUGGAAAACUCAGAUACUUCAGAAAUCUACCACCAUGAGUAUUUCAUUCUGAGCAGAAAGAAGAUGCAUGAUAGUCACGAACUCAACUUCACCAUCCCUCUAUCAGACCCGUUGCCUUCGCAAAUAUAUGUUCGGGUCAUCUCCGAUCGAUGGCUUGGUGCCGAAACAGUUCAACCAGUAUCGUUCCAACAUCUCAUCCGCCCAGAUACGGAGAGUGUGUAUACCGAUCUUCUCGAUUUGCAACCUCUUCCCAUUACUGCGUUGAAGAACCCGUUGCUGGAAGAACUGUACGGCCAAAGAUUCCAAUUCUUCAACCCCAUGCAAACACAAAUCUUCCACACGCUGUACCAUACCUCGAACAAUGUCCUCCUAGGAUCCCCAACAGGCUCAGGCAAGACUGUCGCGGCUGAGUUGGCCAUGUGGUGGGCGUUCCGUGAACAUCCUGGUAGCAAAGUGGUAUACAUCGCACCCAUGAAAGCGCUCGUGCGAGAAAGAGUUCAAGAUUGGCGCAAACGCCUCACUGGCCCUAUGGGUUUGAAACUGGUCGAGCUUACUGGUGACAACACUCCAGAUACACGGACUAUCCGUGACGCAGAUAUCAUCAUCACAACUCCUGAAAAGUGGGACGGUAUCUCCAGAUCCUGGCAGACAAGAUCAUACGUGCGACAAGUGUCUCUUGUUAUCAUUGACGAAAUCCAUCUCCUCGGUAGCGACCGUGGCCCCAUCCUCGAAAUCAUCGUUUCUCGAAUGAACUACAUCGCAAGUCAAGCAGAAGCGGGUUCCAUCCGCCUGGUCGGAAUGUCCACCGCGUGCGCCAAUGCAACUGACCUGGGAAACUGGCUGGGAGUCAAGCCAGGCAACAACCAAGGCCUGUUCAACUUCCGCCACAGUGUCCGACCAGUACCUCUCGAGAUAUACAUUGAUGGAUUCCCAGAACAACGCGGCUUCUGUCCACUGAUGCAAAGCAUGAACCGGCCCACGUACCUCGCCAUCAAAAAUCACUCCCCCGACAAGCCCGUGAUUGUUUUUGUCGCAUCCCGUCGCCAAACCCGACUGACGGCAAAAGACCUGAUCAACUUUUGUGGUAUGGAGGAAGACCCGCGUCGGUUUUUACACUUUGACUCCGAGGAAGAUUUAGAGGCCACAUUGUCUGCCGUCAAGGACGCCGCGCUCAAAGAAGCACUCAGCUUCGGCAUCGGUCUGCACCACGCCGGUCUCGUCGAGAGCGACCGCACCUUGUCCGAGCAACUCUUCGCGGCCAACAAGAUCCAAAUUCUCGUCGCAACUUCCACGCUAGCGUGGGGGAUCAAUCUUCCCGCCCACCUCGUCGUCGUCAAAGGGACGCAAUUCUUCGACGCCAAAAUCGAAGGAUACAAGGACAUGGACCUCACAGACGUCCUGCAGAUGCUCGGGCGAGCGGGCCGUCCUCAAUUCGACACCUCCGGCAUCGCGAGGAUCUUCACCCAAGAUGCCAAAAAAGCAUUCUACAAACACUUCUUGCACACGGGGUUCCCGGUCGAAUCGUCCCUCCACAAAGUCCUCGACAACCAUCUGGGUGCCGAAGUCAACGCGGGUGUCAUCACCACGAAACAAGACGCUCUCGACUACCUCACUUGGACCUUCUUCUUUCGCCGCCUGCACAAGAACCCGACUUACUACGGAUUGGAGAUCAGCGCGGAAGAGCACCGCGAGUCUCAGCUCGUCGCGCGCCAACUGGCGAGCGAGUACAUGAUCACGCUCGUGGACAAGAGUCUUGACGACCUCGCCGAGAGUGACUGCGUCCUCGUUCACAGCAAUGGCGACGUGGACGCCACGCCCUUUGGCAAGAUCAUGAGUUACUACUAUCUCAGUCAUCUCACGGUGCGUAAAUUUUUGAGCAGUGCGCGCAAGACGACAAACACAAGCACGGGGGCGACUUUCGCAGACGCGUUGAGCUGGGUCAGCGCCGCCACGGAAUUCGACGACCUCCCCGUCCGCCACAACGAGGACUUGAUCAACGCGGAGCUGGCAAAUAACCUCCCGCUCGGCGUCGAGGGUGGCGUCCUCGACGGUUUACCGAUGUGGGACCCUCACGUCAAGUCCUUCUUGCUCCUCCAGGCGUUUAUGAGCAGGAUCGAGUUGCCCAUCAGUGACUACGUGGGCGAUCAGACGUCGGUGCUCGAUCAGGGCAUUCGAAUCAUCCAGGCCGGCAUCGAUGUCAUGACGGAGUUGAACCGACUUGACGCGGUCGUUCAAAUGGUCAGGUUGUUACAGUGCAUCAAGAGCGCGAGGUGGCCCGAGGAAUACCCGCUGAGCAUCCUCCCCGGUGUGCGAGAGGUGUUUGAUCCGAAGCUCCAAGGCAAAGUACCCACGGAUCUCGUCACGACAGCCACUUUGGCGACGCGUCACGGGGCCAAGACGAUCGAUGGGUUGAUGAACCUGUUCGAUUUGCGUGGGGGACAAGGACAAGGUGGCGGGGUGCGGUCGCAGUUCGUCAAGGCUGUCAAUAUGUUGCCUGAUAUCACCGUGAGUGCGGGUGGGGACACGGAUGCGUUGCAGGUGACGUUGAAGAGAGGAAACAGACUACAGAAUCCCGAGGCGAGGAUCUACGCUCCCAAAUUCCCCAAACCACAAACAGAAGGGUACUUUGUACUCGUGUUGCCCGUCGGUUCGAAGCAGGUCGCCGCGUCGACAGGGGAUGUGCAGAGCAAAAUCGACAUCCUCGCACUCAAGAGGGCGAAUUGGGCCAUGACGAACAAGGACAGAGACAAGUCGGGACGAAGUCGUGCGUUGGAUAUAAGUCACACGAAGCUCAAGGUGCCCGUGUUGGAUGAUGGUGGGAUCCGGAACGGUGGUGGACGACAGGUCAAGGUCGACAUUUUGGUCAUGAGUGAUGCGUAUCCAGGUAUGGAAUGGUGGUUGGAGAAUGUCGCUGUACCGGUGGCCGAGCCCAAGGACGUCCGGGGAGGUGUUCAGACCGUCGAAGUCAAUGUCGAUGAAGGAUUGAGUAAGAAGAAGAAGUAGUAGUAGUAGUUGGAGGCUACUGAAUGAGCACGAGAUCCUCGACGAUCCUCCCUUCACUGCUCGACAUUCUUCCUACAAUGGUCAACAAUUCAUCACCAACCGCUCAACGUUCGUCACUCGACCCUCGAAAAUCUUCCCUGAGCACUCGACAAUCAUCACCAAACGCUCAACAUUCAUCACCAAUCACUCGACAAUCAUCACCGACCGCUCGACAAUCAACACUAAACACGUGAACACCCCCCCCUUGUUCACUCAACAAUCUUCCUGCAACUGGUCAACAAUCAUGACUCAAGACUCGCCAGUUUUCCCCCUGUUUACUUCAACAAUUAAACAUACUUAUCCAGUUACUUGACAUUUCAUCACUCAGGACUGGCCAGUGUUGUUGUUGCGUGGUAUGUGGUACGGAUAGAUUCACUCAAUCCCCUACGAUGCGUUCCUUGUUGCCUUUUUUUGGAUCCUUUCCUCUGAAUCAUCUUCUCCAUUCGACAUUGUGAACAAGCCUCGCGUGUUUGUUACCUAUUGCCCCAAAAAACACAAAAUGUCAGCAUGCUCACUAGGGAUGGCUAGGUAUACAAUGUUACCCAGGCCACCCGAGGUCGGAACUUCGAUCAUGGAGGGGAAAAAGAAAAGGGUCGACGACGACAAGGUUUGGGCAGCACCUUGUCCUCAAAUUCCUUCCGUAUCAUAUCAUAUACCCCAUGUAUCACAUACUACCUACUCCGUACAUAUGCCUUUGACGUACCAUACCAUGACUAGGUAUAUGCCAUUGCACUCCUCAUUUUCCUCUACCAACCCAAGUCCCGAAAUGGGCGAUAGAAU